UGUGGGUGAUGUGGCUUCCCUGGGUUGGGUGGAAGGUAGCCUGGUGCUAGGGAAGCUUGCCUUUCCUUGGAGAUGCUCCUCCACCCAAGACCUGUCUGGAGAACACUCAGGCUACCAACCUGUGGCUGGGAAGUGACUGUAUAAGAGGUUAGGCUCAGCUAAUAAUAAUAAUAAUAAUAAUAAUAAUAAUAAUAAUUUAUUAUUUAUACCCUGCGCAUCUGGCUUGGUUUCCCCAGCCACUUUGGGCAGCUUCCAACAGAAAUAUUAGAAUACACUAAUUUCUUAGAUAUUAAGAAUAUUAAAUAUUAGAAUACAAUAAUUUCUCAUUUAUUUCUGCUGUCCCCUUCCAGCUGUGCUUUCUUCUAGGUCAGGGGUUGACAACCUAAAGCCCAUGGGCCACAAGUGGCCCAUGGGGGUUGUUUAACCGGCCCAGGGACCAUCUCUGCCUGCACAGUUGGCUCCUGUGCACUGCACUAAACCAGUGCAGAGCAGAGUGGGGACCACCUUCCAUGACACUGGGAGGCUUCCCAUUGGCCGCAGGAAGCUCCUGCGGUCAAUGGGAAGCUGUGCACACCUCCUCCGUGCCGGAAAUAGUACUUCUGCGUGCAUGCGCACUCGGACCCACCGCGGUGCCUGCGGGACUGUGAACCUGCCCAAGCCACAAAAACUUUGCCGACCCCUGUUCUAGGUUGAGCAGACCCAAUUGGGUAGCUUCUGGUUUGUACUUAGAUCUCACCCCUCCACCCCAGUGGUCUUCAGCUGGUCCAGACCCGAGUCCCACCUCCCGACUCCCAAGCUGCAACAUGGGACCCGCUUUCACAUUUUCACUUUGGAUUUAUACUUAAUAGUGCUAAUGAUGCACUUCGUUUAAUCCUAAAAUGACAAUCUGCAGAGAAACGUACGUGGUGUCACCUCCCCAUGACUACUGAAUGGAAACUAGUCCUGCAGUGAGGCAUGAGAAAGGCCUGAGCGCCUGAUUGGCCUGAAAUACAUGUCUUACUUUUAAAAAAAAGGCUCGUUCUUUUCUCCCACCACAUCGCCACACUUGUGCAAAUUGAUACAACGAGCAUCUAAUCACAAGAACGUGCCAUAGUCCAAACUCACACGAGGUGCUCCUCUGGUCUGGUCAGCUUCAGCUGGAAUCUAAUAGGGUGGCAACAGCUUUGCCGCAACCCACUGGUUAAAGACCUAUGUUCUGUCCUUCAAGAGCCCAGUCUUUAUUUCAGAGUUCCAAUUCUGAGUGCUGUACACAGACAUGGCAGUACCCAAUGAAGGAUGCUUUUUGCAAAGGAAGGAGCUGCAACCAGCCCUACACUGUUGAUGUCCCCCCUUUAGGGACCUUACUUCUGGGUGCAGGGAUCAAAUGUUGUCUUGGGUACUGGAAAUAGAAACAUCACAAAAGGAAUCUGAUGUCUCCUCUUAGCUUGUUGCACUUUUAUUUGUUUACUACCGUGUCUAUAUCCCACCUUUCCUCAAAGGAGCUCUUGGGUGUGGGAUAUGGUUCUCCUCCCCAUUUUUAUCCUCAGGACAACCUUGUGAGGUAGUUUAGACUGAGAGUGGCCCAAGAUGAUGAUGAUGAUAAUAAUAAUAAUAAUAAUAAUAAUAAUAAUAAUAAUAAUAAUAAUAAUAAUUUAUUUAUACCCCUCCCAUCUUGCUGGGUUUCCCCAGCCACUCUGGGUGGCUUCCAACAGAAAAAUAAAACACAGUAAUCUUUUAAACAUUAAAAGUCUCCCUGAACAGGGCUGCCUUCAGAUGUCUUCUAAAAGUCUGGUAGUUGUUUUCCUCUUUGACAUCUGUUGGGAGGGCGUUCCACAGGGCAGGCGCCACCACCGAGAAAGCCCUCUGCCUAGUUCCCUGCAACUUGGCUUCUCGCAACGAGGGAACUGCCAGAAGGCCCUCGGUGCUGGACCUCAGUGUCCAGGCAGAAUGAUGGAGGUGGAGACGCUUUAUGGCUGAAUUGAGGAUUUGAACCCUGGUUCCCAAGGUUCUAGUCCAGCGUGUGCAUUUUCUUCUUCUUCUGGAAUAGGUCAGCCCAAUUAGUAAGCUCUAUGUCUUGCGAACUCUUUCCCAAUAUGUUAUUCCAAUCUCUUUCUUUCUUUUCUUUUUUUAAAAAAGAGUGAAUAGAUUUCCCUAACAACACUGAGUGUUGUGCUAUUUAGGGAUGAUGGACUAUGUUUGAAUGAUGAGUAAGCAACUCAAUAGAUUUUGUUAAACCGGUUUCCUGUGCUUUUUUUCUUUUUCUUUUUCUGCUUGGUGUUGUUGCCUUGUUGAUGCUCCAGUACUCCAUAAUGCAACUCUGCUGUCUUCGAUUUUCAAAUUGGUUCCAAAAACCUGUCACCGUUCACCUUUUGCUGAUGGAUACCUGCGGUAGUAACUCCAUCUGUACUCAUUUCUCCUGGAGUCUUCCUAAGGUUGAUUGCGGAACACAGGCGUGUUUCAACAUUUCUCAGAAAGUUUGCGAUAUCGCUCAGUGUUAAUACAAAUAGGUCAGCUGUCAGCCUCAAUGCAGCAACAAAUGUAUCUGAGCCUUUGCUGCAAAAUUUCGAAUAACAAAGAGAGACUCGAGCAUCACACUUCUUAAAAGUAUCUUCAGUAUCGGCUGCUGUAGCAUAUAAACAAGAGAGUCCUUUAGGUUGAAAUUAUGGGUCUCUCCACCCCCUGGAACAGUCUUUCUGUCCUAAUUCCAAGCUGAGUCAAUAGUCCUGUAUCUGUUGAAGCACUUAAGUAGGGAUUGUGAUGUCAGGGCGACAGCUUCAAAGCGGGCUGUUCUCGGCACCAAUCAGCUGAUCGUUGCUGGGUGCACACACCUUCAAAGGAGCUCUCUAUAAGUACUAAUCAGCUGACCAGUGGUUCCAGGAACCCCCUUUUGAAGUCCGUUUGUAGGUGUAGUGUGAAUCCAAGUGACACCUGCAAACAGAAAACUUAAUUGGUUUAGACCAGGGGUUGAGAAGCCAAAUCAGUCUGGUGGGCCAGAUCUUUACCUUCUCCCACCCCUGCAAGCCAGCUUUCCCAGGUGGGUGGGGUCAUGCAUCUGCCAAUCAUCUGAUGUCAUUAUGAUGUCAGGUGACUGAUAGGUGGGCAGCCUCACUCGCCUCUCAGAGUUGAGCUGCCCAUGUAGGGGUCGGCUUCUGCUCUGCCAGCAUGUCUCCUGCCGGGAACGCAUUGGCAAAGCAUCAUCCAGCAGGACUGUUCCUAACAGAAUGGCUCAAUUGCUUAGAGUGUGGUGCUGGCAACGGCAAGGCUGCAGGUUCGAGCCCCAUAAGGGACGGCUGCCAUAUUCCUGCAUUGUAGGGGGUUGGACUAGAUGAUCCUCAGGGUCCCUUCCAACUCUAUGAUUCUAUGAGAUUCUAUGAACCCUCUGCUCACCAGCUGAUGUCACCCAGUGGCAACAGCUGAUGGAGAGGUAUGUGUCAUUCUUUGGGCCAGCUGGGACCCCCAGAGAACCAGGAUUGCCCCAUGGGACAGAGGUUCCCCACCCUGGGCUCGAUAGACCAGUGCAUUGACUCAGUAUAAGGCAUCUUCCUAUGUUCAGCUGAGAAGACUGCUUGCUCUGGGGAUGGGGUUACUCUUUGGACAACUAGCAUGGACUGUGACGCUGGCAGUACCCUGUAGUAGACUUCAUAAAUCUUUCAGCUAAGACUGUUCAGCUUCCCGGCUUGUCUCUUUAGGAAAUGGAGUGUAAGGACGGAUGACAAUGGAAAGUAGCAAAAAUUAGCUACUGCCUAACCUUAGAUUCUUGGUAUGAAAAGCUGAAGUUCUCAACGUGCCUUUUGCUUAGCUCUUCUUUCGGCGGUAGACUAAGCAGAGUGGAUUUGCCUGAGUAACUCUAUGUAUUAGUUGGCCAAAACUGGUUUUGAAUUUCCAUUUGAGGUGUCUGAAAUCUUCCAAAUGAAAGGGCAUUCAUAAUCAUGCCGUGUUUGGCAAAAUAGAAGCACAACUUUCCCAAGCUCUUGCUGCUGUGUUUGUGGAAGAUCUGUCUUAUCUUCUUUUUUAAUAAACAGUCUCAUAAGUUAUCAUUUGGAAGGAACCGUGCAAUUUUAUUUGACAGCCAAUCAUAACAUCUCUCUCUCUCUCUCUCUCUCUCUCUCUCUCUCUCUCUCUCUCUGUGUGUGUGUGUGUGUGUGUGUGUGUGUGACAAUGUCCCUCCUUCCCCGAAAUAAAAACACCAGACACAAGAAUUAAGUUAUAAAUUGGGUGGUUAAGGGCACAACUUUAUUGAUUAAGGGUGAUGAGCGGUAUUGGCUUAGGCGUUGGAACCUAUCAAACUAUAUCCGACUCCAACCCGUGUGUUGAAGUCCAUGAGAAGUUAAUCACCAGUAAGGAGUCCAGUGAUGUACAUCUACCGGAACUCCUCCUGUGACCACCGUAGGGGCGUGCCUUACGGUCCUGGUGUCUCCAGGCUCUGGACCAAGCCCCGCCCCCAGAAAUCCUUUAACGGAUUACUUCUCCAAUGUGGGUAGUUGAUGACGUAACCUGCCCCCUCCUUCAUCUUGUUGUUAUGCAAAUUUCCAACGCCUAACCGCCAAACCAAAGUUGUGAUGAAUUGCUAUGAGGCGGGCGAAAAACCCAUCCCGGCUAGUCCAAGUGGGAAAAGUCCUACCCGGCCCCUGACUAACCAGGCAACCAACUGACGUCCACAGCAGUGUCCCCUAGCCUAAAGGGUGGGUGGGUGAAUUGUUCGCUCUGGCGAACAGGGAUGAAAGAGGCUGAGUUCUCGCCUGCAGGGGGCUUUAUAUUGCCAAGCCCCACCCCGGCCGACCUUAUUGGUCAGUGUCACGGUCCGGUCGGCGGGCGUCAGGACCAGAGGCAAGAUGGUGGUGAAGAAGCAGGGUCGAGGAGCAAGGCAGAGGCGAAGGUCCAUGGGGCACGAAGCAAGGUGAAGGCGAAGCAGGGGUCCAAGGAGCGAGGAGCAAGGCGAAGGAUCCAGGAACAAGAAGCAAGGCGAAGGUUCAAGGGUCGAAGAGCAAGGCGAAGGCGAAGCAAGGGUCCAAGGAGCAAGGAGCAAGGCGAAGGAUCCAGAAACAAGAAGCAAGACGAAGGUCCAAGGGUCAAGAGCAAGGCGAAGGUGAAGCAAGGGUCCAAGGAGCAAGGAGCAAGGCGAAGGAUCCAGGAACAAGAAGCAAGGCGAAGGUCCAAGGGUCGAAGAGCAAGGCAAAGGCGAAGCAAGGGUCCAAGGAGCAAGGAGCAAGGCGAAGGAUCCAGGAACAAGAAGCAAGGCGAAGGUCCAAGGGUCGAAGAGCAAGGCGAAGGCGAAGCAAGGGUCCAAGGAGCAAGGCGAAGGAUCCAGGAACAAGAAGCAAGGCGAAGGUCCAAGGGUCGAAGAGCAAGGCGAAGGCGAAGCAAGGGCCCAAGGAGCAAGGAGCAAGGCAAAGGAUCCAGGAACAAGAAGCAAGGCGAAGGUCCAAGGGUCGAAGAGCAAGGCGAAGGCAAAGCAAGGGUCCAAGGAGCAAGGCGAAGGAUCCAGGAACAAGAAGCAAGGCGAAGGUCCAAGGGUCGAAGAGCAAGGCGAAGGCAAAGCAAGGGUCUAAGGAGCAAGGCGAAGGAUCCAGGAACAAGAAGCAAGGCGAAGGUCCAAGGGUCGAAGAGCAAGGCGAAGGCGAAGCAAGGGUCCAAGGAGCAAGGAGCAAGGCAAAGGAUCCAGGAACAAGAAGCAAGACGAAGGUCCAAGGGUCAAGAGCAAGGCGAAGGUGAAGCAAGGGUCCAGGAACAAGAAACACGGCGGCAGCAAGGCAAGGGUCCAAGGAGCAGGAGACCAGAUGCAACCAGGCAAGGAUAGCGUUGCUGUGGCAAAAAACUGAAGGGAAAUGCUGGGCUUUUAUCCCUCCCAGCUCCUGCCACCAGGGGCAGUGAGAUAACAAGUGGCCUCACCUGGGUGACUACUCCUUGCCUCUCCAGCACAAGCUGAUGUCUUCACCUGUGUGGCCAUGCCUUGCUUCCCCAGCACAAGCUGAGGCAGGCCCUAGUCCUGCAAGGCACUACAGGCCCCAGAGCCUGACUCCUGCCCAUACUCCUGACAGUCGGCCCAGGGGUUGACACAGGCGGGAACCCUCCAACGUGCAGGGGCUGCGCUUGCAGCCCCUACGCGAUGGUUUAGUCAGGCUGCCCACAACCCCACCUCCGUGGAAUGCGGAAGCGGCUUUCCUUUUCCUUUGAGCUUUCACCAGGGCAGCAAUUCUGCGAGGCAAAUAAGUGGGGAGGAAGUGCAAUGUCAUAGUCUCCCUAUCUAAAUUCUUUGCCAAAGAGAUGGUGAUGGCUUAAAUUGCUUUCGGAACAGAAUUAAAACAAAUUUCCAGAGAAGAGGCUUCCUUGCAGCUGUUGGCUAUGGAACUUCUUAUGUUCUGAGCAGAGGAAAACCAAGGAGGUGGCUUGUUAGAUUCCCAUCACUGGAGACAGAUGCUACCGUAGAGGAACCUUUAUGUUUUAGUCGUACAGGGGCUGCUGCUCUACCUUGAUUAACCUUGGUGAAUGCUCCUUGGUGAAUAUAUCCUCAGUGUGUGGUGUUCAGGCUGUGUUAUCUAAAAAAAAUAGUUUGCCUUCUGUAAGAUCACCAGAAAUUUGUGUUUUGUGUGUGUGUGUGUGUGUGUGUGUGUGUGUGUGUGUGUGUAUGUAAGAGAAAUUCAAACUAAACAUUAAAAAUAACUUUCUGACAGUAAGAGCUAUCUGACAUUAGUGCAGACUGUGGUGGACUCUCCUUCAAGGAUAAAUAAAGGAUGGAUGGCCACCUGUCAGGGAGUCUUUAGCUGUGAUUCCUGCAUUGCAGUGGGUUGGAUGAGAAUUCAGGCAUGUCCACCAGGUAGAUUGUGAUCUACCAGUAGAUCACUGGACGUUUGCGGUAGAUCACUGGUAGAUCAUUGGCUUCCCCCCAAAGAAGCUGAACAACUGCGGCUCCCCUAAAAAAAGCUCAACAUUUUACCUCCUCCCUGAAAAAAACUCAAUAACUUUGACCUGAACCCCAAAAAAGGGGAUAGAUCACUGCCAGUUUUUAACUCUUGGGAGUUGGCCACCCCUAGACUAGAUGAACCUUGAUUUUCCGCCCAACUCUACAAUUCUAUGAUUCCAAGUAACAAGCAUGAACAAUAAGAGCACAAUAUAUAGCAGCAUGUCAAUUCAGAAUGCCGUUAAGGAGAUCAGUCAUCAAAGCCAAGAGCAAAAAAGGAGUAAAGGAAGGAAGGAAGAAAAUAGGGGUCAAGAAGGGAAAGGGAAGAGAGGGAAUAAACUCUGGCAGAGCUCUGCUAUGGUGCAGUGAUCCUGGUUUGUUUACACUACAGUGGAACCUCGGUUGUUGAAUGUAACCUGUUCCAGAAGACUGUUCAACUUCCGAAACGUUUGACAACCAAGGCGCAAUUGCCAGUCGGCAAAAUCCAUUGACAAAAUGAAGAAACGUGGCUCAGAAGCCAUUCGACUUUCAAGGCGCCUUCGGAAACGAAAGCAUUCACUUCUGGGUUGUCGGCGUUCGAAAGCCAAAACGUUUGACUUCCGAAGUGUUCGACAACCGAGGUUCCACCGUAUCUGAAAUGGGAAGUCUGUCUCAGUUCUUCCUAACCCAGAUAAAACCAUGGUUCAAGUUCAUGGCUAGAGAACUGAAAGUAAGCUAGAGAUCCUUGCUUUGGGUGUGAUGCAGAACUCAAGUUUACACAAAACCGGUGGUCUACCCUGUUUCUCAUAUUUUAAGACAUACCCAUAAAAUAAGCCAUAGCAGGAUUUUUAAGCAUUCAAGGAAUAUAAGCCAUACCCCGAAAAUAAGACAUAGUGAUAGGCGCAGCAGCAAUGCCGGCCGCGGCAGGAGGAGGAGGAAAAAAAAUAAGACAUCCCUUGAAAAUAAGCCAUAGUGUGUUUUUUUGAGGAAAAAAUAAAUAUAAGACGUGUCUUAUAAUAUGAGAAACACAGUAAGAGGGGAGGGACAUGGGAGUGGCCACGAUACUCCUCACAGGUCGAUAAAACAUAGCUUACCAGACAGGGAAUUUUAAUAUCUGAACUGGCUUGUAGUUCUUUAGCCUUUUAUAACUUUGCAUCUAUGCCACUUCAAAGUCAUUUUGAUUAAAAGCUUUGUUCAUGGUUGAACUUUGAUUUGUCAAAAGUCUGCGUUCCUUCCCUUCUGUAUUACAGAAAGAGCAAAUUUGUUUCCAGGAUGGCAUACAGCAAUAAUGUGUUCCACUGAGCAAACAUCUGAAAAAUGUAGUGUGUGUAUGUGUGCAAAAGUUUCCUUUCCAAACCUGGCAGUAAAAAGCAAGUGCCUGAAAUUUAUUAAAACAUUUCAUUAAGCAUUUAGGGUGCUAAAUAAUUUACUUAGGGUUAGCUGAAUAGCAGCUAAAUUACAUAACACGAAUUCCGACACUUGUAAAGCAUGAAUUUCAUCCUUGAGCUCCAAUCCCUCCCAAAUGUAGAAACAGGACAUUUUAUGUAAGAUUGUAACCUAUCGGGUUUUUCUUGGAGUAGACCCACUGAAAUUAAUAUACCUAAGUUAGGCAUUGCUUACUAAUUUCAGUAGGUUUACUCUGAGCAUGACUAUUGAUAGCCGCAACAAAUUAUUUUUAUAUUAGCAUGGGAAGACCUGUAAUUGACAUCUUGAAAUAUUGCCAGAGAGUUUCCAAUAAGUGGGGGAAAAGAAGAUGAAAUGUAUGUAACAAAUUCAAAGCAGGAUAGGUGCAAAGUAAUUUUUAAACGACAAAGUACUGUAUCCAGCUGUGUCCAGAAUUGCUGUGGUUGGCAUCCAUCCGCCUCGAGAGACAAUGGAGUGUGCCUCCAAGGGUGAAGUCAGACCGCUGCUUUGACAGCACUGAAGUGACCUUCCCAGGGCACAAGUCUGGGCAGUGUGUUCUGGGCUGCCCAGAAUACAAGACCCCUCUCUCAGCCUCACUGAUGUGGGCCAAAGAAAAGCAGAGCAAUAGGUUUGGGACCAGCUUGGCUGCAGGAGUUGAUGGAAAGAGGCAUACAAGGCAACAUCCAACUGCUUUAGGGACUGCACUCUGGAUUUGUGAAGGGCAGGGAUCAGCAUACUUUUUUAGCAGGGGGCUGGUCCACUGUUCCUCAGAGCUUGUAGGGGGGCCAGACAAUUUUUUUGGGGGGGGGGGAUGAACAAAUUCCUAUGCCCCACAAAUAACCCAGAUAUGCAUUUAAAAUAAAAGGACACAUUCUACUCAUGUAAAAACAUGCUGAUUCCCGGACCAUCUGUGGGCGAUUGGGUCGGAUCCGGCCCCCAGGCCUUCGUUUGCCUACCCAAGGUGUAGGGCUUACUCUUUAGCCUUUUCUUCUCCUGAAGAUAUCCCACAAGGCAGUGGAGGUUUAGGAUCAGAGUAUUCAUUCUCGGAGAUGGGCUCCCUUCCCAGGUUGACAAGCCCCACCUGCCCUUCCCUUCCCUUUGCAGCACAUGCAGAAACUGCCUUCUUGACCAUUGGACCCACUAUUGGUCUCCUCCACUCCAUCUGCCAGAGCCAGUCUUCACAUGCAGGGGAAGUCCCUAGAAACAGUGAAAUUAGUGGAGCAGCAAUUUCUUUAUCCUAAUGCAAAUUUGUUGCCUCAUUCAAACUUUCAUAAAAGUAAUUUUGAUUGUUAUUAAGGGCAUAUGCAUAUUCUACUAAAUAAAAUCUGCUUCACCAUUGAGUAGUUGCAAAGACAUAUCUACCUUUUGGGUUCUGUGUCCAGUUAGAAAACCAUGUUUGAGAGAGAUUGUUUCAAAUUAAAACUACUCCCCCCCCCAUUUCAUUAUUUUAGGAUGAGGCUGAACAUCCUUCUUAUUUGUAAGCCAUCCAUUGCCAACUUAUGUUAUGCUACUCUAGUAAAAAACAAAAGUGUAUGUUAUAUUUUAUUUUAUUUUAUAGCUCAAUAUGUCGUAAGUUGGUGAUCCAUCAGUUCCAAUUGCAUCUGGCAAACUCUAGCUUUAUGCUUUUGAACCUUCUAUAUUUGGGACUAAGAAUCACGAGUCCCUGACUUAGACAGUCAUGGGAAAAAUGAAGCCAACACGAUGUACUUUAAAUCUGUAGUCAUUUUUUUGGCACUAUAAUUCCCCCCCCCAAGUGUCUACAGUUGUACCUCGGAUUACGAACACCUCGGGUUACGAACUUUGCAAACCCGGAAGUAUUUUCGCCGCCCACGCGUUCUGUGCAUGCACGGAAGCGCGAAAAUCACAAAAAGUGUGCAUGCGCAAAAUGGCGCUUCGGGUUAUGACCAUUUCGGGUUACGAACUGCAUCCCGGAACGGAUCAUGUUCGUAACCCGAAGUACCACUGUAUAGAUUAUUAGGCAUCACAGAGUCAUGUGGUCACUAUAAAGCACAUAAAGCUAAAAGCAGUAAAAGCAAUUAAAAUGUAAACAUACUUUUCAUGGGUAGAUUAUAACUUUGUUUUAUUGAGCUUUUCAGAAUUACAAUAACUUUGUUUCAUUACGUUUCUCAGAACUGCAAUAAAAGGAAAGCUAUAAUCUUCCCGUUAACCCUUCUUUCUCAUUCUUUAAAGGCUAAAACACGUUGAGUUCAGUUAAAUUGUUUUCUCUCUCGUUCAGAUUUAAGUGAUAAUUUUAGCAGAGUUGCUCCCAUUCUGUAAAGAUCAAGUCUAAUGCUUGGUGUUUGGAUUCUGCACACGGAAGCAGUAAGAGUAAUAUACAACAUAAAAUGCCUUCGGGAUCUUCAUUAAAAUUUCAUCGUUAUGUAAUGUAUACUCCGUGGCCACACAGGAAUUUGUACAGUUCUGGAGGAGGCUGAAUUAAGCAAAGUUGCACUGACCAGAAAUCUGACUUGACAGCUCUGUAAUUAUUAAAGAAAAUAUACUGGCCAAGUCAUUUCCCAGUGAAUUCUUAGGAGAUUUCUGCUAUAAAGGCUCCUUUGUAAUGUCACUUUUAUGUAGCAGUCAUUCCCCAAGUUGAGUGCCUGAGAAAAUGUCCCUUGAUUUAACUAGCACUGUUCUAAAGAACAACAGCUACUGUGUUUCUCCAAAAAUAAGCCAUACCCCGAAAAUAAGCUACACCCCGAAAAUAAGCCAUAGUGAUAGGCAGUUUAACCUUGUAGGUUAAACUGUACCAUACUUAAUUAAAAAAUAAGACAUCCCCUGAAAAUAAGCCACCGUGUUGUUGUUUUUGAGGAAAAAUAAAUAUAAGACGGCAGUUUAGCCUUGCAAAUGGAAUGAACAGUUGUUUGUUAGUCCAUGCUAAACAAAGCAGCUUGUUUCUUGGACAUUGAUAAUAAGCACCACCGUGGGUUUUCAAGGUGUAACAAGUUCGAACAUUUCUGUACCCUUAUCCAAUACCCCCAAAUCAUUUUGUAGUGAUUUACAGUGGUGCCUCGCAAGACGAAUUUAAUUCGUUCCGCGAGUCAAUUUGUUUGCGAAAAAUUCAUCUUGCAAAUCGCGGUUUUCACAUAGGAAUGCAUUGAAAUUUCUUUUUUUGCCCAUAGGAACGCAUUAAUUAAAUUUCAAUGCAUUCCUAUGGGAAACCACGAUUUGCAAGACGAAUUUUUCGCAAAACGAAUAUGUCUUGCGAGUCACCAUCAGAUCGCAGGACGCAUUUGUCAUGUGAAGAAUUCGUCUUGCAGGGCAUUCGUCUUGCGAGGUAGCACUGUAUUAGCUGAAAUGUCCCUGUUUGGAGGAGUUAUGACAUGUAAGGAACAGAAGAAGAGUCUGCUGAAACAGGCUAGUGACCCAAAUAUUCCAGCAUCCUGUUCUCACAAUGGCUAAUCUACAAGAAGCCCACAAGUUGGACCUGAGCACAACAGCAGUUUGUGCUCCCCUCCUGCAGUUUCCAGUAGCAUGAUUCCCUCUGGCAGUGGUGUUUAAGCAUAGCUAUCAUGUGCCCUGAUGUUGGGAAAGAUGGAGGGCACAAGGAGAAGCGGACGACAAAGGACGAGAUGGUUGGACAGUGUUCUCAAAGCUACCAACCUGAGUCUGACCAAACUGCAGGAGGCAGUGGAAGACAGGAGUGCCUGGCGUGCUCUGGUUGGUCCAUGGGGUCACGAAGAGUCGGACGCGACUAAACGACUGAACAACAAAUCAUGUGCCCAUAGUUUGUACUUUCCAGAAACAAUAAAUGAUUUUCCCCCCCCACAAACCGUGUGUGUGUGUGUAGUUCUGAGAAACGUAAUGAAACAAAGUUAUUGUAAUUCUGAAAAGCUCAAUAAAACAUAGUUAUAAAUCUACUCAUGAAAAGUAUAUUUGAGUAACAAUGGUAUAUCCAAGAGGUAAAAAUACUGCCAAAGAAAAGAAAAGUGUUUGUGGAAGAAUGACAUUUCAGUCUGCUACCCUCGACCAGUGUUUUUGGAAAAUUGCCCCUAGUUGGGGCUUGUGGCACGAUUGAGUGCUUCUGCGCAUGCACACGCGGCAAAACCCGGAGGUAUAUACUUCCGGGUUUGCUGCGUUUGUAAUCCGAAAGUUACAUAUCCAGAGCGGUACGUAACUAGAGGGUCCACUGUAUUUUGCUUGCUAAUGCUAGUCAUGAAGAGGGGAAGAGAGGAGGGGGAAGUUCUGCUUCAGGCACCUCCUGAUUCCCAAUAGGUUCCUCAGGCAAUAGACACAUACUUUCAAGCUUAGCUUUCUUAAAACAAAGAGAAGAGGAAGAAAGUUAAGAGGGUUAAAGUAGUCGCUUUCAGUGGCUAUUAGCCAAGGUGGCUGCAUAGAAAAUCUGGGUUCAGGAGCAAAUUUCUUGGGAGAGGGAUGUUGCCUUAAUGGCCUGCUUGCGGGCUUCCUAGAGGCAUCUGAUUGGCCACUUUGGAAAGGAGGUGAUGGACUUUUGCACUGAUUAAGGAGGGCUGCUUUUUUUGUCCUUAAAUAUACACCUAGAGAAUCACAGCAUCCAUAUCACCCUGGUUAUGGAAUGUUGUUGCUCUUACUGUUACUCAUGUAUGUUCCUUUAAUCUUCAAUCUCACCCACAGUGGCACACAAACACGAAUACUGUGUGGUGUAGUGGUUAGAGUGUCGGGCUGGAACCUGAGAGAGCGGGGUUCGAAUCCAUGAAGCUCACUGGGUGGCCUUGGGCCCGGUUGCACUCUCUCACUCUAACCUACCUCAGAAGGUUGUUGUGAGGAUAAAAUGGGGAGGGACAGAACUGUGCAUGCUACUUGGAACUCCUUGGAGGCAAAGCAGAAUAUAAAUGCAGUAAUACAUAAUUAAUCUAGUAAUAACAAUAUAGUGGAUCAACUCCCCAUCUCUUUGCGCUUGCAUGUCUCUGAAGCCGCCAUCAAUUAGUGCAGAGCAGGGCUAGCCAGCUUGGUACCCUCCAGAUGUUGCUGGACCACAACUCCCAUGGUCCUUGACCAUUGACCAUGUUGGUUGGGACGGAUGGGAGUUGUAGUCCAGCAGCAUCUGAAGGGCACCAUCUUGACUAUUGCUGGAGUAGACAUUGCUGGUUUAGAUCAGGCAUCCCCAAACUCGGCCCUCCAGAUGUUUCGGGACUACAAUUCCCAUCAUCCCUGACCACUGGUCCUGUUAGCUAGGGAUGAUGGGAGUUGUAGUCCCAAAACAUCUGGAGGGCCAAGUUUGGGGAUGCCUGGUUUAGAUGGACCAACAGCUUGACUUUGGCAUACGGCAGCUUUAUCGGUUGAUUUGCACAGCUGCCUCUUAGCUGCAACAUCCAUCCAGUCACAUGAAUCGGAAUUUUAUGGCCAUGGUCAUACUAUGGUUCUACUAUAUCAGGUAUUGGAUCCCUGUGUUCGCUAUUUAUUUUAUAACUUGCUCCAGAGUACUUGCCUGUUACCCACCUUUAAAGAAGAAAAAGUAGAAGAGCAAUAUUUUUUGUUGUACUUGU